AUGCAAGUUGAUCACCCUCGUCAACGGCCGGCAAUACUAUUACUACAACGGUUACACCUAUACCGCUGUCCGUAAGUCCAGGGGAAGAUGGCGGUGCACCAGCACUACAGACUGCAAGGCUUUCAUAGUCUUGUCUCCAGAAGGGCAGCUUGUCCGGUGGGGAGGCGAGCAUCUACACAACCAGCAAAACUACCACGUGCUAGCCGAUGGACGUUACGUCAGGUCGCAUUUGCCUUGUCGCAGAGAGGCGCCCGGCUUCUUCUCUUCGAUGGUUACUCUUACAGCCACCAAUGUGUUAAAAAUGACUUCAUCCACUGGAAGUGUACCAUGGGUCUGCCGGGAACCACGAGGCGAUGUAACGCAAGGCUUUACACCACAAUUGAUUACAAAGUUAUUGACCUCGUUGGCAACCACCGUCAUAUGAAACCAAUCUUCGCAAAAAGAAAUAAUACAAUGGUGAGGGUAAGGCAUCAUAGGAGAUCAAAGGAAAUCAAAUCCGAACCGUUAUAGUGUUUUUCUGCUUUAAAUUGUCACCACUAUUAGAACAUGUAAAUCUGACUAGAACCACUCCCCCGACACUUCAUACUAGCGAUUAUCUACAAUCAUCAUCUUUGAGAAGUUUGAAGGCCAUCAUACGAAAAGCUUCUCUAUCUAAAGUCGCCACUAUUAUCUUUGGAUAAUUAAGCCCUGUCCACGCCCUUAUAUUGUCCAACUAUAUUGCGUAUGAGAAUGCGUAAACAACAUGACAACAUGACAACAUGACUUUACAUCGAAUACUAAGAUACAGUACAACCAAAUUAAUAAUGCGCAUGCAGAUCUUCGCUAAUUGUCGUAUUCCGAAUCAUUGAAUC